GUCCGAGAUAAGGUGGUCGAUCGCCGCAGAGUAUUUUUGGACCAUGAGCGACGACGAGGAGCGGUGCGAAGCAGCAGACCCGCCGCCGGUGGAUGACUCCGUGCCACUGGCUUUCCUUCUUGGGCACAGAUAUAGCUAUUAUGCGGAGGCGCACCGGCCAGCUCAUACUGCAGUUGUGGAAGACAGACCGCGCACACCAACAGACUUUAGGGACAUGAGCAAACGCGAGCGAGAAGUCCGAGCGAAAAUGGUGCUUGAUCCGUUGUCCCACAGCGCGGAGACUUUCCUCACGGGAGUUUGCGAAUUGGACGUGGGCCAAGAGUUUCGGUCGACGUCGACGAGGAGGAAACUCAAGCAAGAACGAUUGAAACAACAGCGCAAGAAUGCAAGUCUGCAACAAGAACAAGCUGACCUCGCAUCCCUCGACAACUCGCACGGAUACAGCCGGCCAAAGGACUUCCUCGCAGUCGACGCUCAACCAGUGCCAACCCUUCACGACAAAUCUCACGCGGCAAAGGACGAAGCGCAGAAAGUACGACUGAAGCAACAUUGGCGCAUGCAAUACGCUCAACACAUCCACAGUAUUGCGAAAGACCAGCAGGAAUUCGCCAAACACAUGCUUGCCGCGUUAAGAUACCCGUCCAUGUCGCCUUUUGGCGCUCAGCUCGUCAAGCCCAAGUUCAUCAUGGAAGAGAAGCGCUUGGACAUUGAACGCAAGAAAAAGGCGCGGGACGAGGAGCUCAGGCGCAUGAAGGAGCAAAGGAACGCUGCAUUGCAUGAGCUCAGGGACGACAUCGCGCGGAGGAAUCACGUGGCAAAGGAAAAGAAGUCGAAAUGGACGUCUGGAUCGCACCAGCCACCGCAGGCAGCUUCAAAAGCACCGCGUCUGGCACUAUACAAGCUGGACGAGUCGACAUCAGUAUCAUCGAGCUCGCACCCCCUAGAACAGACGGCGCUCCCACUGUCGCAAAGGAAGAUGGGGAUGUUUCGCACAAAUCGAAGGACCACCCACACGAUGGACAAGUAUAUUCUGAAGAGCCCGGAUCGACCGAAACCAGUGCUGGGCGGGGGCUUUCGUACAGAGCCAGAGAAGUGGGAAGACACGAACGACGAAAAGGGCGGCGGAAAACCAUUGAUCUCGCUUGCGAAGCAGCUACCGCUCCAACUGCAAAGUCUCUCUAUGUCAACUUCUUGAUCGGUCGGCACACAACGGCGGUGCCGUACACGAGGACCGUGCAAUGCAACCCAAACACGAACCGAUUCAUCGUUGUGUUUGUUUCAAACUUGGUCAUCACAACUGCAGAUGCACCUUGUGCCUGCGACAUGCAACGCCAAGUUACGUGGCGACCCCACGGACGUGAGAGGAACGUAC